AAAUCUUGCUAUGUUUAUCUUAGGUAUGAUACAUAACAAAUCUCGCUACUUGGUCCGAGAUUUGUUUAAAUCUCACUUGACCAAGUAGCGAGAUUAUUAUUCGAAAAUUAUUUUCUCAAAAAAAAUAUUAUUUAAUAUAUUUAAAAAAAAAAAGAUAAACCACGUGGCAACUUCAUGUCUUCUGGAUGAUGUGAGGCCAUCCUCCUCCGAGUUCAGAUAAUCCGUCAACGUUCACCGUCGAUCCUUUUAGUCUUCGCAAUCCUCACCGUUCGUUUUCAUCAAAAACCUCUCACCUUCAAACCACCGUGAAAGAGAAAAAGGAACUUCAGUCUCUUCACCCGAUCGAGCUCGCGCCAGUGACAAUGGCCGCUCUCCAACAAUCCCCGGUCACAUUCCAGUCCAGGUCGCCUCCGUCUACACGCAUCGUCGCGAAACUUCGAUCUCAAAACCGCGUAAGAAUCUCCUUCUCCGGCAGCUUCCCUUCCCUGAAACUUCCAACGCUCACAGCUAAGUACGCCGGGAAAACCAAGCGCCGAGGAGGCGUGAUGAUGGCAGAAUCCCCCGCACCAAGCUACGCCUCCGCCCUCGCCGACGUCGCUGUAUCGAAUGGAGCCCUGGAGGCCACGAGCGCGGACAUCGAGAAAAUCGAGAACAUACUCUCCGAUCCUCAGGUCCGCUACUUCUUUACCUGUCCAGUCAUCGACGUUGAGAAGAAGCGGGAAAUGAUCGAGGAGAUAUCGUCGACCUAUAAGCUGCAGCCGCACACCGCGAACUUCCUGAAUAUCUUGGUCGACAUGAAACGGACGGAGCUGAUUGAAGAGAUCGUGAAGGAGUUCGAGACGGUGUACAACAAAUUGAUGGACACGGAGCUGGCGGUCGUGAGCUCGGUGGUCAAGCUGGAGCCGGAGCACCUUUCUCAAAUAGCGAAGGGGGUGCAGAAGCUUACGGGAGCGAAGAAUGUGAGGAUCAAGACGGUGAUUGAUCCGUCUUUGAUCGCUGGAUUGAAGAUCAGCUACGGCAGCUCAGCGUCGAAGCUGAUCGAUAUGAGUGUGAAGAAGCAGAUCGAGGAAAUAGCGUCGCAGCUCGAUGUAGACGUUAACAUCUCUGUAUGAUUGUUUAGCUGAAAUUGGAAUUUUUUUUGGUAAUUUUGUCAAGAUUGUGAAGUGUUUUUGAUAUUAUUAUGCUGCUUCAAAAUUUCAAGAAUUUUUAACUGAUUGAUUUUAAAA